AUGCAGGCGGCGCAGCGCCAGCUGGAGUUCAGCGACGCGGCCAUCGCCGGCGUGCAGCGCAAGAUGCAGGACGACGUGCUGCAGCUCGAGUUCGAGGAGCGCACCGCCAGGCGGCAUCUCAUGACCGAGGCGAGGGCCAAGGUGCAGAGCGGGCUGCGCGCCGCCGAGGUGGCGCUUCAGCAGCGCCGCGACAGGUUGCGUGACAUGCUGCAAAAGGAGGACUCGGCGCUGACGGCAGAGUGUGUGGACCGCAUGCUGCGAGCUGACGGGGACAAGCUGGAGCAGAUGCGCGCCCGGGUCGCCCAGGACCGCGCGCGGCGCGACGCGGAGGCGCGCCAGCUGGCGGAGGCGAAGCGGCUGCAGCAGUACCGGCUGCGCAUCGACGAGCUGCGGGGGCACCGGUCGCGGCUGCUGGCGCAGGAGGCGGUCAAGGGGCAGCUGUGCCAGAUAGAGGAGCGCCAGCGGCUGCGACAGCUCGAGAAGGAGGAGGCGCGCUUCUGGGACGAGGUCAUGCGCAAGGAGGUCCAGGCCAAGAUGGCUCGAGAAGAGCAGGACGCCCGUGAGAAGGCGGACCGCGACCGGGAGAUGCGGGAGACGCUGGACAAGCAGGUGGCGGGGCUGGCCAGGCAGCGCGAGGAGGAGCAGCGUCUGCGCCAGGAGCAGAUGCGCCACAACGAGCACGUGCUGCAGCAGCUGAAGCUGGAGCAGCAGGGCCUGGCGGAGGAGCUGGAGAAGCGGCGCGCGCAGCUGACGGCCGAGCUGCAGGAGCAGAUCGCCGUCAGGCACCGCUUCCUGGAGGAAGCGAAGCGGCAGGAGGACGUCGUGGACCAGACGUUCGCUCGGCUGACGGAGGAGGCCCUCCGCAGGGAGAAGGCGCAGCAACUCGACCUCUCGGCGUCGCUGCGUCGUGAGCAACAGCUGUUCCGUGAGAACCUGGAGGAGAUGCGCAGGAAGAAGAUGGAGGAGGAGCGCGAGCUGGACCGCCUGCUGGCCGAGGAGCAGGAGAAGCUGCGCGUGCGGCAGGACACGAUGCGCGCCAAGGCGAGGGCGGCCAGGGAGCUGCUCAUGGAGGGCGUGCUGAGCGAGAGGGCGCAGCAGCUGGAGCAUCGGCAGCGCCAGCGGCAGCUGGAGGCGGAGCAGCAGCGCGCCGAGCGGGAGCUGGCGGAGCAGCUGCGGCGCGGCCACGAGGAGGCGGAGCGUGCGGAGGUGGAGCGGCAGUGGCAGCAGGGCCUCCUGGAGGAGGAGGCGUACCUGCGGAAGGUGCACGAGCUGCUGGCGCUGGGCACCUCCGAGGCCGACUACCCGAACCACCCCUUCCUGUCCGUCAUAGAGGGGCAGGCGUUGGCGCUACCACCAGGCGCCGGAGACCAGCAGGCCGAGGUCGGAGCCGAGGAGUCCGUGGGCGGCCGGGAGGCGGCUGCAAGCGAGCGGGCUGCGGGUGACCAGCCGGAACAACAACAACAACAACAGCAACCACCGAAACAACGGAAGGAGGCGGAAGGGGAGGAGCGCCAGCUCGACUGGGACCCGCGGGUGUGCCACUGCCACGACGGCAGCUGA